UUGAAUUCGUUUUGUGAUGUAUUAGCAAUUAACAUUUUAUCUUUGACUAUUAUGAAUCGCUAUACAAACACCGAGAUGACUGACAUGCAUUUCAUUUAUGGACUUGCUGAUGGAAAUUCAUUAAAAGCUAGGAGGUUGUACAUUGAACGAUUUCCUGGGCGUAAUAUUCCUGACAGAAAAUUGUUUCAAAAUAUUCAUCAACGUCUGCAUGAAACAGGCGCAUUGAAAAAAAUGGGGGGACCAGGAAAACCAAACACAGUAAGAACGGUGGAACUGGAAGAGAAUGUGCUGGACAUGAUCGAAGAAGACCCUAGUACUUCUACUCGAAAAAUUUCCAAUACUUUGAAUAGAGGUAUUACCAGCCCGGGCACCCACUGGAAUCAACACUACACCCCAGCCCGCUGUCACCUAAUUCGUUUGAACUUCAGGCAUACUCUUGUCCAGCUGCGUAGCUACAAAGGAGCAAGAGGGUGCAAUGCACUGAGGCCCCCAAACUUAGAAGGCCUCCAACCAUGUUUGAACUAGCUAAAAACAACUCCAUAUUACAAAUUUUGAAUAUUGUCAGUUCUUCGAUAACUCUCUGAGGAGAGGGUCUCUGGUUCCAGCGUUGUCAACCGCUCCCUUUUUCAGGUUUAAUCACCAAAAAAAUUCAAAUAAAAUAACAUGACAACAAUAACGUGACAUUAGUCGAGAAACUAAAAGCUUCAACUGAGGAAGGAGGGAAAUCUCCAAAACAUUUAGAAAAUAAAGGACUCAAAUGGCUUUCCAUGCAAUUUGUAUUCGAGUUUGAUGUCAUUUUCGAUCUUUCGUUUCUAAAUAUGAAAGCAUUGUUCCUAAAUUACAGGAAUAAUGCAAGGCUACGAAAAUGUACAAUUCUACUCAGAAAUUUUCAUAAUUGUUUGUGGAAGAAGGUUCCACUCUAUAGCUCAAGUGUGAAGCUUCAGUGCGCCAACACCCAGAGUACAACACAUCUUACUGAUUAGUAUCUUAUAUCAUAGCCAAAUUAGAUUCAGACAAUAGUAUAUUGAGGAAUCAAGAAAUGAAAAUGUUAAUAUUUCAAUAUAUUUAUUAUUUUCUCUGGACAUUUAAAAGUUUAGUACAUAUUUAAGUAUAUUUUAAUCUAAAUUUACAAAUAUAUUAGGUUGAAACAUUAAUUUCCUUUGAGGAUAAGCAUCAAGCUGCCCCCUUGCUCAUACACAUAUUUAAAAAUGAUAAAACACA